CUGUCACUCGCACGACCCGCCGGGUCAGCGGCGGCAGCGGCAGCCGCAGCAGCUGCUGCUCGGGCGGAGGGGGCAGGGGCGGGGCCGGCGCGCAUGGAGGUGGCUGGGGAGGAGGAGGAGGACGGCAUGUCGUCCGGGCAGCCGCGGGCUGAAUGGCAGGCCCGGGGUCUAGGCAGCUCGCUUAUGCGCGGGACGGUGGCGAUGCUGCAAUCGGGCAGGUGCACGGAGGUGGUCAGGUCCACUGUGCUCGACGUGCUGGACGGUGUGUUGGGUUGCGGCGAGGGGCUGCUGCGGCGGGUGCUGCUGCCGUGGCUGGGGGAGGUGCUGCGCGCGCUGCACGCGGUCAUUGCGGAGGCGUGGCAGCAGGGAGGAGCCGGAGCGGGGAGGGGAGGAAGGGGUUUCCGGCGCCGCGCCCCCUCCUCCACCGCCCACCGCGAGCUGGCCAUCCUGGAGCGGCUGGGCGGGCAGGUGGGCGACGCGGCCCUCGCGGCGCAGCUGGCGGACUCGCUGGUGGCGCUGCUGGGGCAAGCAGGUUCCCGGGCGGUGAAGCACCGCUCCUCUGGCGGCCGCUCCUCCUCCUCCGCGGGCCGGCUGGACGAGGGCGGCAUUGCGCGGGCGCUGGGGGCGCUGGCGGCGCUGUGGGGCAGGCUGCAGCCCGGGGAGCUGGCGGAGCAGGCGGUGGAGCGACACUGCGAGGCCAUGUCCAUGUGGGCCAUCCGCCUCACCGGCCGAGAGCCGCGCGCCCAGCUGGCCGCCGCCUACUCCUCCGUGGCGCGCCUGCUGCCCCGCAUGGCCCCCACCGCCGCCCUGCUGGCCGACCUCACUGCCUGGUCCCCCGCGUCCCUCGACGAGCUGGACUACGACAAGCGCAUGGCCGCGUACGGCAGCCUGACAGCGGCGGCAUGGGGCGGCAUGGACCGCCUGCAGGCGCUGCCGCUGCUGCUGACGGGGCUGUACGACCUGAGGAAUGCGGCGGACUUGGCGUUACGGCAGGCGGCGGCGGCGGCGCUCGCGAACUUUGUUGACGCGCUGGCGGAGGCGGAGGCGCAGGCGGCAGCAGCAGAUGGAGGCAGCAAGGAGGACCCGCCCAACAGUUUGUUGCGGCUGACGGGCAGGGUGUUGUACCCCCAGCUGAAGACGCAGCUGGGGUGUCCCGCGCUGGCGGUGCGCCAGGAGCACUUGACGCUGCUGCGGGCGCUGGCGGUGCGGCUGCCGGGGCGCUUCCCGGACCUGGCGGUGCUGCUGAGUGAGGAGGCGGAGACGGACUUCUUCAACAACAUCGCGCACCUGCAGAGCCACAGGCGCACUCGCGCUCUCAACAAGCUCACAAAGCUCAUCAAGUCGCAAGGGCAACAAGGGCAACAACAGCCCGCACAAGCCACCACCCCCACCACCACCACCCCCACCACCACCACCACCACCACCACCCCCACCACCACCACCACCACCACCACCACCACCCCCGCCUCCCCCCCUCUGGGCCGCUGCCUGAUGGAUGUCAUCGUGCCGCUGCUGCAGCAGUUCAUAGAGGAGGGCGCGGGGGGCGGGCGCGCGGAUGUGGGUCGCGCGCACGAGAAGAAGCAGACCGACCUGGACCGCGAGGCCAACGUGACGGACGCCGCCAUCACCACCCUGGGCGCGGUGGCGGGGGUGCUGCCCUGGCCGCAGUACGAGCAGCUGCUGAACCAGAUGAUGCGGCUGAUGCGAGCCCGGCCCGCCAAACCGCACAUCCGAGCGGUGUGUGCGGUGCUGGACAACUUCCACUUUGCGCUGCCGGAGACGGAUGAGGAGGCGGCGGCGGCGGCGGGUGCUGCUGGUGCUGGUGGGGAGAAGGCGGGUAGUGCCGCUGCAGGAGGAGUGCAGCAGCAGCCGAGGAGCCAGGCAGUAGCAGCUGCAUCAGCUACAGCGGCUGGUCAGGAGGGGGGAGACGACAAGUCCCAGAAGGCCACCGGUGAGGGUGAGGCGGGGGCGGAUGGCGGCGGCAGUGAGGACGGAGAGGAAGGAGGUGGCGGUGAGGAGGAGGAGGCCGCCGCAGUCGCCCCCUACGAUGCCGCAGCCGUACAGCGAUCGCUACUUCGCCGCAUCCUGCCCGCCCUGCACGAGCAGCUGGUGGAGCGGAAGCGCGGGGAUGACGAGGAGGCGGCCUCCGUGCGCGCGCCGGUGGCCCUGGCGCUCGUGAAGCUCCUCAAGCUGCUGCCGCCGGCGGCGGAGCGGGCGGAGCUGCCGCGCGCGCUGCAGGGGGUUGCCAAUUUGCUGCGGUCCCGGAUCCAGCGUGUACGUGACGACUCGCGUGCCGUACUGGUGUCAAUGAUGGCGGAGCUGGGGCCUAGGUACCUGCCGUACGCGUGCCACGUGCUGCGUGCCUCGCUGCCGGACCGCGGCUUCACAGCGCAUGUGAUUGGGUUCACGCUGCAUGCGGUGCUUGAGGCGGUGGUGAAGGUGGCGCACGGGGAGUCGGCGGCAGCGGCGGCGGCAGCGGCGGUGGCGGAACCGGCGGAGGGGGCGGCGGCGCCGUCAGGGUAUGAUAUUGAGAAGGAUGAGGACGAGGAGGGUGGUGGUGGAGGUGGCGAGCGGGUGCAGGAGGAGGAGGCGGAGGGGCCGGUGGGUGUGUUGGAUGAGUCCCUGGAGCUCUGUCUCCCCCUGGUGGAGGCGGACUUGUUCGGGGAGGUGUCGGAGGCCAAGGAGGUGAGCGCCUUCGCCUCACAGCACAAGGAGGCCAAGCGCUGUCGGGCCAACGAGGCCUUCCAGCUGCUCGCCUCGGGCAUCACCUUCUCCUCCCACAUGCGGCCGCUGCUGACGGUGGUAACGGACCGACUGCACCUGGCUGGCCACCCCACCACACGAGCCAAGCUGACGCAGCUGCUGCAGUUUGCGGCUCGCGGCGUGCGCGCCAACCCCACCGCCGGACCCAAGCAGAUCAUGACCUUCGUGGUGGGGGUCAUGGAGGGCUGCCUCACACGCGAGGAGGCGGCACGCGAGCGCGCCAAGGCAGCGGUGGGGCCCGCGGGCAGCACGGGG